UUCACUUUGAAUUUUCGUAGCGUUCAGUUCAGCGUGGAAAAGCCAGAGGCUCAAAUCGUCCAUUAGCUCACCUUGUUGUAUAUCCCGUGUGUCUGUUGUACUGUAGGCGUUGUUAGGCGUUAAUAUAUUUUUCCGUAGCUCCAGAGAGUGCUUGGAUCGUUGCAGAUUCCUUGUUGACAUUCGAGUCAGUUGCGAGAGCAGUGCGUUGUGUCGGUUGUAAGCAUAAAGCCGUGUGGAGUUCGGUUACAAUUUUCACCAUCGUGUGACAAAAUAUAAAGCAGAGAGUGAAAAGUGAGCUGUUGUUUUACCACAGUGUGCAGCGUGUUUAAGCCCCCGGCAAUCAGGAGAAAUUACAUAUGCUAUAGGAGCUUCACCGGUUCCCGAGCAAACGCAGAACUCCGCUGAAAUCACCAGAGGAGCAAUUCCAGCACCCACGCCGCCAGAAACGUUUCUUCGCUGCGUUUGAAAGACAAACGUUUCCACGAACCCAAUCAAAAUGACCGAAACUACCGAAGCUCCAGCAGUUGUCGCCGAGGUUAAGACCCCCUCGCCCACGAAUGAAAAUGCGGCACCGGCGGAGGUGGCAGUCACCACCAACGGACACGCCGAAGAUCAGCCAGCCGCAGCGGAACAGAAAUCCACCGAGGAAACCAAUGGAACGACGGCCGACGACAAAGCCAAAUCCGAACCCAAGGAGGACGUUCCACCGCCGAAAGAGAUGCGUGCCGUCGUGCUGACCGGUUUCGGUGGAUUCAAGAACGUCAAGAUCCUGAAGAAGCCAGAACCGGCCCCGCAGGCUGGAGAGGUGCUGAUCCGGGUGAAGGCAUGUGGCCUCAACUUCCAGGACUUGAUGGUACGUCUGGGAGCCAUCGAUUCGCCGCCGAAGACACCAACCAUCCUGGGCUUCGAGUGUGCCGGUGAAAUUGAAGCCGUCGGAGAAGAAGUCGAAGGAUUCAAGGUCGGAGACCGUGUCGUUGCGCUGCCGGAAUUCCGCGCCUGGUCCGAACUGGUCGCCGUCCCGACCAAGUACGUGUACCACAUUCCGGACGAGAUGACAUUCCAGGACGCGGCAGCCAUCGUGAUGAACUACCUGGUCGCGUACAUCCUCAUCUUCGACCUGAUCUCGCUGCGGGAGGGCAAGUCCAUCCUGCUGCAUUCCGUCGGAGGCGGUGUGGGUCAAGCCGUCGUCCAGCUUGCACGCACCAUUCCGAAUGUAACCAUCUUCGGUGUUUGCUCCAAGGGUAAGCACGAAGCCCUGGCUGCCACAGGAUUGAUCGAUCACCUGAUCGACAGAACCGACUAUGUCAAUGAAGUUAGAAAGAUCACAACCGAGGGUGUCGACGUGGUCAUGGACUGCCUGUGCGGCGAGGAAUGCAGCCGAGGUUACGGACUGUUGAAACCCAUGGGCAAGUACAUUCUGUACGGAUCGUCCAAUGUCGUCACAGGAGAAACCAAGAGCUUCUUCAGCGUUGCUCGUUCGUGGUGGCAGGUGGACAAAGUGUCCCCGAUCAAGCUGUUCGACGAGAACAAGAGUUUGACCGGCUUCAAUCUGCGACACCUGCUGUAUCAGCAGGGUGGAUCGGAGUACGUUCGUUCCACCGUUGAGAAGAUCUUGGCUCUGUGGAAGGACGGUAAGGUCAAGCCGGUGGUAGACAGCGCCUGGGCUCUGGAAGAUGUUGCUGAAGCCAUGCAGAAGAUGCACGACCGCAAGAACAUCGGCAAGUUGGUGCUGGAUCCGGCUAUGGAACCGAAACCGAAACCAGCUACCCCGGCCAAGACCAAGUCGAAGAAGCAGGCCAGCGAAGACAAGAGCAGCAAAAAGGAUAAGUCUUCGGAAAAUGGUGACGAGAAGAAGGAUGAUGAAGGAAAGUCCAACGGUGAGGGUGGAGAUGCUGCCGCGGGUUCUGCUACCACCCCAGAAGCGGUGAACGGUGACAGCGCGGAGAAGAAGGAAGAACCGGCUGCUACCAAUGGGGAUGCUACGGAAAGUGAGAAAAAGGAAUCGAGUUGAACAGCUUAAGAUAGUCAAGCUCAAAUGAAGAAUCAUGCCGCCAACCAGAAAACAACCAUCUUUACACAUCAACAUCUAGGUACCAGCAACAUCCCAGCAAGUUUGAAUCGAAUCAGAAUAAUCCGUGGAAUCCACUUCUUCAGAAAUGAAGUGUUUAGUAUCAUCACCAUUAAGCUAUCCGAUGUGCAGCUGAUUCCCAUACUUGAUAUAAAAUCCGUUUUUUUUUCGUUUUCCCACAAACUCCUUUGAAAUUUCAGAUGAAUGAACUUUAGGACGACAGCGACGUUCUUCUAUUUUUUUUUUGCUUUACGUGAAUCAUCCUUCAGAAUAAUCUGAUCAGCACAGUGCGGUCAGUGAGAAGUGAAAGAAAAUCAAAUAAUUCAAGCAAAGAGUGCGAGAAAUAAAAAGAGGCGAAUGAGAGAGUGUGUGCGCGAGAACAUGCAUCCUGAGUUAUGUUUUUGUCUGAAAUUUUUCUCCGGUUUAUAUUAUUGCAAUUAAGUGAUGUCUCACGAUCUCGUUUAACAAAUCCCGUCAGUUUGUAGUUCAGUUACAGUUAAAUGCUAAAAAGUAACAAUUGUUAGCACUAAGCUACCGAGUAAGCACUUUAAGCGAAACAAUACCGAACAAAUGUAAGCCUCGAAAAUGUUGAAGGUUUCAGGAUGCAAACGCAAAGCUACACCAGUUUGUGCACAUACGCAUACAAGUUCACAGCCAAACAACACACUCAUACACACAAACACACACACACAUUGAUCUAUGAACACCUACUAAAAAACGAGAUUCAGAUUUCAUCCCAAUUCAUCACGCUCACACAUCAAGAGAACAAAAUUUAGCACAAAUGAUUACACCAUAUAGUUUUUUUUCCUUCAGUUGGUUAGUGUUUAUUAGUAGUAAAACGAUUUAUUUAUCGUCUUGAUUUGAAUACACCGGACAACACAGUACGAGCGAGUAGGAGCCAUCAAAAUUAAUCGAUUUUUUUUAAACUAUGUGUCAUUUAAUAUUGUAAUAUUUAAAUAUAAAUAUAUGUAUGUUUAAAUCCUAUGUAUAACAAAGAAGGACGAAUUGAUUGAUUUAAAAGCAUAUAUUAGAUUCUUUAUUAUGAGAAUGAUUUUUCAUUUCCUUAAAGUAAAUGUUUAUUUUUACAAGUAAAAGAGAAAACAAAAGCAGAUCGAUUAUACUCUGUUGGAAAGGAAAGGAAAGGAAAAAGUGAGCAAUGUCAUACAUUCUAAUUAGCUAAAGCAUGCAAUUUUAUAUUUCCACCGUUCGGCUCGAUCGCUACAUUCAUCUUAGGCGCUAUUAGUGGAACAAAAAAUCCAUUACUAGCGAGAUAUUUUUGUCUUCUUUUGUAUAAAUUUUUAAAAUAUUUUUAUUUUAUAAUACAUUUGACAUUUGAUUGAAGAUAA